GUUAAGAAAAUUUUAAUCAGCAAGUAUGGCGGGGGUUCGAAAAAAAGAAAUAGUAAAAUAGUUAUUGUAAUGUGAACAUUAAAUGCGCUUAAUGCAUAUCAUUGUCCGUUACUUCAGUAACCUAUUUUGCGACCAUGAGAUUGCUAAAACCUGGAUGGGUAACUCACGACGGUAAACCAAUAUUUUCCAUUGACAUUCAUCCAGAUGGAUCACGAUUUGCAACCGGUGGUCAAGGUGAUGACUCAGGGAAAGUUGUCAUUUGGAAUUUUGAGCCUGUCAGAGAUGAAAGAGCAGAGAAUGAUGAAAAUGUUCCCAGAGUCCUCUGUCAGAUGAAUAACCACCUUGCCUGUGUGAAUUGUGUGAGAUGGUCAAACAAUGGAACGUCCUUAGCAUCCGGCGGAGAUGACAAAUUGAUCAUGAUAUGGCAGACUUCUAGGGCUGGGGUUGGUCCUUCAUUUGGCUCCGGGACUCCAACCUACGAACAAUGGAGGCCAGCAGCAACACUAAGAGGCCAUUCAGGAGAUGUCCUUGACCUUGCUUGGUCCCCCAAUGACAGCUGGAUGGCAUCCUGCAGCAUUGAUAACACAAUCAUCGUGUGGAAUGCUGACAACUUUCCAGCUCAAGUUACAGUAAUAAAAGGCCAUGAUGGUUUGGUGAAAGGUGUCACGUGGGACCCGGUGGGAAAAUAUCUCGCCUCUCAGUCCGAUGACCGUAGUCUGAGAGUAUGGAGAACUAGGGACUGGAAAGAAGAGGCAAAAGUCACAGAACCAUUUACAGAGUGCGGGGGAACGACUCAUGUGCUUCGUUGUCAUUGGUCACCAGAUGGCGCCUACAUCGUGUCUGCUCAUGCUAUGAACAACUCUGGACCUACAGCUCAAAUUAUAGAAAGGGACGGCUUUAAAACCUCCCUGGAUUUUGUAGGACAUAGAAAAGCUAUAACUGUGGUGAGAUUCAACCCUAACAUAUUUUCAAAGAAAAUGAAGAAAGGAUUGGAACAGGCUCAACAAUACACGUGCUGUGCCAUUGGGAGUAAAGAUCGGUCACUUUCUGUUUGGUUGACAGCUCUUAAAAGACCACUGGUGGUGACCCAUGACCUAUUUGAAAAUACUAUCUUGGAUAUCAGCUGGAGCAAAUCUGGAUUGGAUCUGAUGGCAUGCUCCAGUGAUGGAACAGUGGCAUACAUUGAAUUCAGCAAGGACGAGAUAGGAGAUCCAAUGGCACAGAAUGACGUGGAGCUGUUUCUGGAGAAUAUCUAUGGGAAAUGUAUGACCAAAAACAAAUCCUCCACCAAUGGCACACAGGUUAUAGAGUCAGCAGCCUUACUCAAGCUACAGCAGCAAAAAGGAGAGGAGAUGCAGACAAAACUAUCCGAAUCCGAGGAUAGGUGUAGCCACAGCAGGAUGUCUGACAGCCAGGGAAGUCCGUUCAAGCCAACAGACAAACAAAUUGAAACAAAGACAGCAGACGGCAGGAGGAGGAUCACACCAAUAUUCUUAGCCCCACAACUGGAUGUUAAUGUUGGAGAAGCUCCUCUGCCGUUCAAAAGUCAAGGCAUCAAUUUCACCACCACCAAAGCUACCAGCAAAAUUGUUGUAGAAAAACAGGACAUUGUCACAAAGGGGAUAGUCUCCCCUUCCUCUCGAUCAAAUUUUUCAAAUUCCAACUUGUCAAACCAGACCAGUUCUUCAGUGAUGCCACCUUCUGGGGGGGAGGGGGUGUCAAAAUCAUCCCAGCCCCUUCCCCAGGGAGGCGAUACUACACCAAAAUCAACGCAAGAGGACUCUCCAUCUGCCCCCGGAUUAGAGAAAAUGGAUGUUGCCCGGGCCCCAGAAAGUACUCCUCCGGCUACUCCGAACAAAGUUAUCAAUGUGUCCAUUCAGCCAAUGAAAGCAUUGCAGUCAAAACCUAAAAUUAAGCAUCACUCGUCCGGAAAGAAGUUCUCAGAAAAAUCUGAUGUCAAGGACAAGUCUAUUGUCAAGGAUAAAAAUGAGGUCAAGGAGAAGGUUAAAACCCCCUUGGAGAAGAAUGAAAAAGAUAAGGUGAAAGACCACAAAUUGUCAACUGGUGUCAAACGGAAACACGAGGGUGAAAAGAAAGAGGAGAGAAGAGGACGUCCACGAAAAAUAGACAAGGAGCGAGCCCUGCUGUCAACCCCAGUCUCUCAUUACGCACCGCCCCCUGUGGAUGGUCAAGCAAUGCAGUAUAAAGCAGCAGCUCCCGAGCUGGAGUUACCUGUCGCCUCUACUCAGAAAACAUUCACUAAAGCUAUCGGAAUAAAGGAAAACUCUCUAAUGGUGGAGGUAGAAAACAACAUCAGUAUUGGAGUCCAUACACUGCACAAAAUGAGGUGUGUUCAGGAAGGACUUACACUCUGGGAGCAGGUCCUGAAUUCACCCAUUCUGCUGGUGGCUGGAUCAAAGACAGUUGUGUGUGCAGCUUGUGAGGAUGGCUCAAUGAAUAUGUAUUCCAGUACAGGGUCUCGACUCCUCCCCAGUAUCGUGUUAGACUCCAAAGUCUCCAGACUUCACAUCAAGGGCUUCUUUGUCAUGGCCAUUACACAGAAAGCAUUUCUCUAUAUCUGGAAUGUGCAGCACCACUCUGUGGUUAUCAGGAAAGAGUCAUUGAAAACAAUCAUAUCAGGGAGCGAUGACCUACAGAAGUCCAUGUUGACAGAGGAGGGAAUGCCCAUUAUUACAGUUCACAAUAAAAAAUCCUACACAUUCUCUAAAGAUAUGGGUACUUGGAUGCUGCUCCAUAACAAAGCUGAUGUGCUACAGCAGUGCUCCGACCACCACAGCUGUGCACCAGCUAAAGAUUCUACUAAAAUUCAGGGACCCCUGGCCUCAUUACAGACAUCACACGACAGACUGGGAAUGCAGGCCAGUCGUGUGUUCAGUGCUGGACAAUCCUUACAACAGAGUUCCACCCUCAGCCAUAUCGAGUCUCAGUUGGCAGCAUGUCUUUUGCUCAAGUCUGCUCCGGAGUACAAAUUCUGGCUGCAGACGUACACAAGAUAUUUGUCUCAGGAAGGAUUAGAGUCAGAAUCCAGGCAUAUUUUCGAGUCCAAACUCCGAGAUGUCUGUGAUGAUCUUUUGGGACCUGUGUAUAAGACAAUGGGAAAGUCCUCCUGGGAUCACCUGAUUCUGGGCAUGGAUAAGAGGACUCUUCUUCAUGAGAUUUUACCAAGCAUUGGUUCUAAUUUGAAACUCCAGAGACUGUUUACAGAGUAUCAUGACCAAUUGGAAUCUAUUGAGGACAGGUGAAUGGAAUUAUGGGAUAUUGUUGGUGGAAUUAUGGGAUAAUGUGGAAGCUUUGAUAAUGGCAUCUUCUUGCAUCUCCAAUCAAUACAUAGUCACACCUUCACAAUUCAUUUUGAUAUUUUUCAUGUGCACAUGUAUUGAUUUUAAAAAGAAGUGUGAUUUAUGACAAACUGUUAAUAGGGAGAUUAUUUCUUCAAAAUCAUGUAAAUUUGUCAGAUAAUUCUAUUAAAACUUUUAUAUAGUAGUGCUAGAUGAAUAUUGUGCAUAUAAAAUGUUUGUAGGAAAGACUGCCAAUAAAACAGUGCUACCAAUGCCAUUUUAAUACUACUUAUAAUUCAAUGUCAAUAAUGUAUGUCCAUUCUGUACCAUGUUUUCAAAGAUAUACAUUUACAAACCUUAAUUUUGGAAUUAGAAGCUUCUGUUGAUCAACCCUCUGAUAUUGCAGACCUGUCAAAUUGACACUAGAGACUACGGAAAACUUGUCAAUUACUAUCAAAUUUUGUCAAAAUAUUUUUUCAGCAAAAUGACACCUGUAUACUGUCAUCUGAUCGUACAAUCGGUACUUGUGACGUCAUCUGAAUAGAUCGUACAAUCUGUACUUGUGAUGUCAUCUGAAUAGAUCGUACAAUCGGUACUUGUGAUGUCAUCUGAAUAGAUCGUACAAUCGGUACUUGUGAUGUCAUCUGCAUAGAUCGUACAAUCGGUACUUGUGACAUCAUCUGAAUAGAUCGUACAAUCGGUACUUGUGAUGUCAUCUGAAUAGAUCGUACAAUCGGUACUUGUGAUGUCAUCUGAAUAGAUCGUACAAUCGGUACUUGUGACAUCAUCUGAAUAGAUCGUACAAUCUGUACUUGUGACAUCAUCUGAAUAGAUCGUACAGUCGAUACUUGUGACGUCAUCUGAAUAGAUGAUACAAUCGGUUCUUGUGACAUUUACUUGGUAUGCCUGUACAAUUUGAGUGUUUGUGUCUACCAGAUAAUAUUUCAGGGAGAGACUUUGUGAAAAGAUAGUACAAUAAUGUCAUGUAAAUCAAGAUGACAACAGUCUUUCUUUCCUACAUUUUUUCUCUUUUCUAGUGUUUUAGAUUUUUAUUUUUUUUUGUAAGAUGUGACAGUAUUAUGUUCCGACCUGUACCCACAGAGUAUCAUUGUGUCAACUGUUCUAAGCUGGUUGUUUACAGGAUUUUAUCAUGUUUUUAAAUUGAUAAUAAAUUUAUGAUGCAGA